AUGACGAUAACGGCGGCGAUGGCGGAUCUCUUACCACCGUCUACAACGAAACAAGCCGAUGAGAAAGAUGUUUCUUUAAACCCAGGUUAUUUCAAGGGUUUUAAUGUGAACUACUCCCCAGCCUUUUUUAAUAAAAACUUUGAUAUCAGUUCAUCGAUGGGGCCAAAACAUUAUGCGUUUCGUGCUUCCUACUUGUUCUCAAAGGUCGUCUUCUUUAAAGGAAUUGUUACUCAUGAUAGACUAACUGCGAGUGUGAUAGCCCCUAUCAUGAGCGAGCAGUUGUUUAUGCUUUCAUUUAUUGAUCGUGUGACACCCCGUCUAUAUUUGGCUGGUUAUGUCUCAUCUUCGGGUGGUCAUUUCUUCUGGACCAGGGUGCCUCAAGAGACGUCUGUAGGCUAUGCUGCAAGAUACGAGACCGAUAAGAUGGUGGCCUCUGCUAAAGUUGAAAGCAGUGGUGAUGUACUUAUGACCUACGUUCAUAAGAUUUCAAAGAAGGUUUCACUCGCCACUGAUUUUGUGUACAAUUGCUUUUCAAGAGAUGUUGGAGCUAGUGUUGGGUAUGACUACAAGUAUAGACUGUCUCGUGUCCAGGGAAAGAUUGAUUCUAACGGUGUUGUAUAUGCACAUCUUAAAAGAAAAUUGAAUGUGGGACUCAGGGGUCUUCUAACUGCAAGUUUGGAUCUUAAGAACAUGAAUCAGAGGCUUGGUUUGCGCUUACCAUAUGGUUAA